AUGGUGAGUCUGAUGCGGCCCGAAGGCAGGACUGUCAGCUCCAAAGUGGAUGCACUGGGACCUCUGUUGGGAGAAGGAAGAGGAUCACGACAAGAAAAACUUGUUGUUGGAGAGUAUGAGCCCCCUUGGUCUGAGGACCAGCUGACAAGGUGGCAGCAUGGCAGGUAUCAUGCUCUCUGUGUGUCUGUAGCUCCAGUUGCCAGCCCUGCUGCCCCCACUGUGGGGAGAAGAGGGUUCCCAGGGUCCCCUUGCCUGCAGGAUCCCAUUGCAGGCAGGUAUGUAACUGCUUCUCCUUGCAGCAGGUGUGCAUCUCAGAACAGUGGCAAACUGAAAGCAGACCCUGGGUCCAAACCUCCUCCUUCAGCUAGGCACAGCAUUGUGAGGGAGACUGGGAGGACUGAAGAUGACUGGCUGACACUGAAAGAUGAGGAGAUUCUGGAUUUGGAGCCAGAGCUUCCAGCAAAGUCCAGCCCUGCUGCAGACAGAAAGCACAUCCCUGCCAGCCAAAUCCCAGCCGCAGGGGAGGCAGCAGCUAAAGCUGACCCACUGAAGGAGGAGGAGAAGGAGGCAGAGGAGGACGGGCUGAGUGAUGCCUUGGCUUGCAAGAAAGCUCAGGCCCAGGCAGAAGUUCAGGAGAGAAAGGCCCAGCCCUUGGAGACCCCAGGCAAAGGGCUGGAUCCCCAUUCUCCUGUCAGGUCCAUCCUAGAGGAUGACUUCUUCAGCAGACUCCUUGAGGAGGGCAUUGAUUUUGUAGAGUUUACCACAGCUGAGGCACAAUUCCAGGAUCCAAAAGGCUGUUUGGCAGUGCUGCUCCACAUCCAGACCCUUGUGUCACAGCUGGAGAGACAGGUCUGGACACUGGAAAUGCAGCGGACACAACAGGAGCAGUUACUGGAUUUUCUCCAUCAGCGGCACCAGGAGGACCUGGAUCUCAUCACAUGUGGCUACAGGAGCCAGAAAAAGGUGGUGAAGAACAAAGACCGGCAGCAGGAGGAGAGGCUGCAGCCGGAGAACGAACAGUCAACAACUCAGUUCCUGUUGAAGAGCCAGGGCAUGGCCCCAACACAGGAGCAUCCCAAGUCCCAGGAGCAGGACAAGCUGCUCAAGGAGUUCCAGACUAGGCUGUCACAGCAGCAGAGGGACGUGGAGGAGGAGCGGAGGCAAUUCCAGAUGAUUGGUAAACUGGAGGCCAGGCUGAGGGAGCAGACUCAGCUGCUGGAGCAAGAGCGCUGGAAGGCAAUGGUAGAAAAAGCCCAAGCAGAAUCGCUGCAGCGCUCACUGGAGGAGCAGCAAAAAUUCAUGAUGCAGCAGCUCUCCAUGGUGCAAGAAGAAAGGGAGAAGGAGAAGAGAAUGUGGCUGGAGGAGAAGAAUUUGAUGCUGCAGAAGUGCUUUGAGGAGCGAGGGAAGCUGGCGGCUGAGUGGGCUGAAUUCCAUAAUCAACAGCAGCUGAUGGAGGAGUGUCUGGAGCACAAGAUGGAGCAAUCCCAGAAAAUGGACUUCACCAUGAUGAGACUGGCCAAGGAGCAGGCAGAUCUGAAAUUACAGGGCCAGAAGCUGAGAGCCAAGGAGGAACAGUUGGAGAGGGACAAGGAGCAGCUGGAUGAGUCCUGGCUGGAGCUUCGCCUGAAGAAAGAGAAGCUGAAGAGGGCCAAACAGCGCAUCCAGCAGAGGGAGAAGGAGCUUAAAGGCAUGACUGAGCGCUCAUGCCAGAAGUACGAGGAAGGGGAACAAGCCUUGUGGGAGGCACGCUGGAUAGAGUCCGAACACCAGGAGGGGCUCAGGGCCAUCCAGAGACAGAUGGAGCAGCUGAGGCACCAUCAAGAGCUUCUGCACCAGGAUCGGCUAAGCAUGGCUCAGCAGAGGAGGCAGCUUGAACAGUUUUGUAAUGAGCUCUCACACAAGAACCAGAAGAUACUGCUGACUGAAGACCAGGGCUUCUGUGCCCCUAUGGAUGGCGUCUCCAGCACACAGUGUAAGACUUCUUGCGUGCUGCUGAUGGGAAGGGAUGCUGAUGCAGGCCUAAUUCAGCGGCCACCCGACGUGCUUCCUCUGAGGAGGAGCCAGCGCACGCAUCUAUCUCACACCAAUUCCACAGAGUCGUCCAGCGAGGAUGCUGUGGAGGCUAACGCUGCAUCCCCUCUGCCCGAGGGCACGCCGAGGCUUGUGAUAACAAGCCCCCGAUUGCGUUACUGCUCUAUCACUCCUCUUCUUCUGGACUGGGGAAAGGAAAUACAACAAAAUGCUCAUGAGUCAAUAUAA